AUGACGGAUGUGCUCUACGCCAGUAUGCUCUACUGCUCGUUGUGCGACAGGUACUUCCCGGGCGAAGAGGCUCGUGCUCAGCACGUACAAGUUUCUUCGAACCACCCGCUAUGCGAGCCAUGCAAUCGCCGGUUCGCGAAUAAGAACACGCUUAGAAACCACCUGGUUACUUCACUUCGACAUCACUAUUGUGCUGUGUGCGAAAGAGAAUUUAACACUGCGGCCGGUCUCCGCGUGCACAUUGAUUUCGCGUCUGUUCAUCGUGAUGACUCUGAUGAUGAUGACCUCGAAGACUAUGCUCCGGGCGACGAUGAAGAGUUCGAGCACGAGUCUGGCUGGGAGGAUACGAUGGGAAGCAUGAUCUAUCCCGAGGAGAGCGAGCGCGCCGAUGACGAUCUCGACGUGAGUGAGUAUGAAACAGAAGUGUCAGAUGAUGGGUACGACGAGGAAGAUGAAUAUUGGGAUGAAGAUUUUCUGGACGAUGUUGAGGACACAAACUAUGACGGCUUCGCCUCGAUCGCGGCAGCGUCAUCAUCUGUAAUGCGAGGACGUCUUGAUGACCGCGUAAGCACCCUUCGACUCAAUAUCAUACUUGAGGAUUAA